AUGAAGGAAAUACCAUCCGCCGCGGGAGGAGGGGGGCCAAGCAGAACAGGCGCGGACGAGGAUGAGGACAACUAUGUAGAACUAGACGCAGAUAUUGUGGAAAAAAAUUUCAUAAAUUUAAUAAAAAAUUUUAAAAUCGCACAGUUAAAGUUACUAUUCUAUGCAUUUAGAAAGUAUAAAAAGCGUGCCUCUACAUGUGCGGCAUUUUAUAAAUUGCAAAUUCAUAACGAUAGCAAUUUUGUUUAUAACAAUAAGAAGUAUUCCGAACAGAGCCACAUGAACCCAUUUGUUAAUCCAAGUUCUUUCAUACAAAAUGGUAAAAAAAUUGGGGAGGGAAUUUCCAACUAUGUGUUUAAGCCCUACUAUUAUGACAACUUGCCUAGUGCUACAUAUGACAUGCGUAGGAAUAAAUGCUCUUUGCAAAAAUUAAAAAAGAAUUGUAUAAUGAAGAACUUAGCUACGAAUGAGGAUAACCAAUAUCGCGUUAGCAAUGCGGAAUGCGAAACAAUUUUUGAUCCUUUUUCGCGUGAAAAUCGGAUGAAUGCAGCCAGUACCUACAUGAAUGAGCGUAGCCAUGCGGAUAACACCAACGGGACUAAUCCGAAAAUUUACAAAAACUGCUACUUCGGUUUAGGGAUAAAUAAAAACCAUAAUGAUGAUUUUGAGAAGCGCACCUGCUUCAGCGAUUUGGACUUUGACUACCUCUCUGAAUUUAGUAACUACGACAGGGAGAAGUUCAUCGACAUGUUCAUAUCGGAGACGUCCAAGAGGUGA